AUGAAGUUUUCUUAUCAAUCAUCAGUAUAUGUUUUUAUUAUGAUUAGUUUGUUAUCAACUAUAGUUAUGUCAUUAUGUGCCAAUGCUGGUAGUGGUUGUCAUGAUACUGGUUGCCGUCUUCAUGGUGGAUUAUGUAAUUCAGCUUGUGUUUGUGUUCAAAGAGAAGGUAUUCCUGAAAUUUAUUCACAAUGUUUUGGUUUUGGAUCAGUUUAA